AUGAGACUGCUCGGGACGCUGCUAAUUUUGGUGCCCCUGCAAGUGAAGGCGCGCUGCGACGUUCUGAGCAGAGUCAACUCCAAACUGCGGAGGGCGCCCCUCAGCACGGUUCGCGCGAAGAGGCACAGUAGGGCGGCGUACAUCGUGCACAGCCCAGUGCCUAAAGAGAGCAGAAGGAGGUACUCCCUCGUAGGCAGGAGGGUGAGUGAUCACCUAAGGAGUGCUCACCCAGGCAGCGCCCCGUUGAGAAGCAUGGAGCAAAGCCACAGUUCGGCAAUCGGCUCGGCAAACGGCCCAGCCGCCGCGGACACCUCCCGCAUAGAGGAGCAAAUCGAAAGGUGCAGCCAGGAGAUAUCGGCCCUUGUCGAGAGGAACGAGUGCAUCCGAGGAUUAAACGAUGAGGAGCUCAAAAAAGAACACGACGCGAAUGAGAAGUCCCUAGAAGAGAAGAAGCGCAAGCUGAAACGGCUGUACACUCUCCCAAGCGAGCCACUCAAUUUGGCGAAGAACAGAACAAAGGUAGAUAACCUAGCCAAGAGGAAACUCUUUUACACAAACUCGUUUGAGAUUUAUGGAGGUUCCUCAGGCCUAAUCGAUUACGGCCCCUCCGGUUGUCUUUUGAAAUCCGAACUGGAGACCCUCUGGAGGUACCACUUCAUUUUUUAUGAUGAAAUGCUGGAAAUCUGCGGGACGUGCAUAACCCCCUACAAUGUGCUGAAGACCUCCGGACACGUCGACCGGUUCACUGACCUUAUGAUUAGGGAUGCCGUCACGGGGGAGUUUUUCCGCGCGGAUAAGUACAUCGCGGAGUGGUUAACCAGCAGGGCGGAGGCGGUGAAGAAGCAGGAGGGGGAGCAAGCAGGGGAUAAAAGGGACCACCCCCUCCAGGAGCAGCCCCCCCACCAGGUGGCCAGCCAACCUCACAGCGCCGAGCAAAUGAUGGGCGUGGUGAGGAGGCUGGACGGAAUGAGCGAGCAGGAAAUAAAAGACGUCAUCCAGCAGUACGAAAUAAAGUCCCCCGCGAAGAACGAGUUCGUGGGCCCCUUCCCCUUCAACCUCAUGUUCCAGACGAAGAUCGGUCCGAAGGAGGACGCCGAGGAUGCCAGUGCGCAGAGGGGUCAGCCAAGUGGGUCCCCCCCCUCCCCCACAGACGUAAGUUACUUGAACAGUGUAGCAUUCCUCAGACCAGAAACCGCCCAAGGAAUCUUCGUCAACUUUAAGAAGCUGCUAGAGUACAACGGGGGGAAGAUGCCUUUCGCAGGGGCGCAAAUCGGGCUGGGAUUUCGAAACGAAAUAUCCCCGAGGAAUGGCCUCCUACGUGUGCGUGAAUUUGAAAUGGCCGAAAUCGAGUACUUUGUAAAUCCGGAGAGGAAAUGCCACGAGAAGUACCCCUUGUUUAAGCAUUUGGUGCUUCCCCUGUACCCAAGGGAGGAGCAACUGGCCAGUGGGGAACACUCCAGGGUAGUGCACAUGGAGAUAGACGAAGCAGUCACCAAGGGGAUUAUCGCGAAUGAGGCUUUAGCGUAUUUCCUCGCAAGGACGUAUCUGUUCUUGCUAAAGUGCGGCAUUAAUAAAGACGGCCUGAGAUUUCGGCAGCACCUACCAACUGAGAUGGCUCACUACGCGAAUGACUGUUGGGAUGCAGAGAUUUUGACAUCCUAUGGCUUCAUUGAGGUGGUGGGACAUGCCGACAGAUCUGCAUACGACUUGAAGAACCACAUAAAGGUGACGGGGGCGAAUUUAUAUGCCUGCGAGAAGUAUGAUAGCCCCGUGGAGGAAGAGCAUAUUAAAAUUUCCCCCAACAAGGCAAAAAUAGGCAUGAAAUUCAAGAGCCAACAGAGUGUAAUAUACCAGUGGCUGAAUGAGAGGACAACGGAGGAGCUGCUAGCCAUCGAUGAGGAGUUAAACAGGAAGAACUCCUACGUUGUGAGUAUCAGUCCCAGCGGUGCCUCCUCCCCCCCCUCAUCAUUUGAAUUGAGCAGAGAUAUGGUCAAAUUUGAAAAGUUUAAAAAGAAAGUGCAGGAGAAGAAUUUCAUCCCGAAUGUGAUUGAGCCUUCCUUUGGGAUCGGCCGACUCAUUUUUUGCAUCAUCGAGCACUCAUUUCGAACGCGCACCUUUGCAGAUGAGAAGGAGGAGAGGCACUACUUGUCGCUGCCGUAUGCACUGGCACCUGUAAAAUGCUCCGUGCUAACCAUUUCGAAUAAUAAAACUUUCGUUCCCUUCGUGAAGCAGAUUCAAAUGAUCCUCAACGAGAUUAGCAUCUCCUCCAAAAUUGACACCUCGAGUGUCUCCAUUGGGAAGAAGUACGCGCGGACGGAUGAAAUUGGCAUCCCCUUUGCAGUCACCAUAGAUUUCCAGACGCUCAAGGAUAAGACCGUCACCCUGCGAGAGAGGGACUCCAUGCUGCAGGUCCGGCUCGGCCUCUCCGAGCUUCCCGGCGCGGUCACUGCCCUCCUUCGCCAGAAGAAGACCUGGGCGGAGCUCGUCGCCCAGUGCGGCCUCUUCACGCAGCAGAAUUUGGACCCAUAG